AUAAACAGGAAGCGGCUGGGUAGAGUUUUUUGGGAGUUGCUGGAGAAGCCAUUGCAGUGUCGUGGCUCAGUAACAAAACACGAAAAAGCAGAGGAAGACCUGGCAUUUCGCAGGACCGGGACACCAAUUUACAUGACUAAAACAGCGAACACACUCUGUAAAUUAAUCUACACCUAAAUAACGGGAUUCAACAGCUCCGGAUAUGUCUCUCAUCUUUGGUUGGCUUUGUAACAGUUUCAAUAGCGUACUACAGUUGUUAGGACUGUUCAAGAAAUCCGGCAAGUUAGUAUUUCUUGGCCUGGACAAUGCUGGCAAAACGACGCUACUGCACAUGCUCAAAGAUGACAGAUUGGGACAGCAUGUGCCAACUUUACAUCCAACCUCGGAAGAGCUGACGAUUGCUGGCAUGACUUUCACCACCUUUGACCUUGGAGGCCACGCACAAGCCCGCAGAGUGUGGAAAAACUACCUCCCUGCCAUUAAUGGCAUUGUCUUCCUUGUGGAUUGUGCCGACCUAACCAGAUUGGGCGAAUCGAAAUCAGAGCUUGAUGCAUUAAUGACAGACGAGACUAUCGGAAACGUGCCUAUCCUGAUCCUGGGCAACAAGAUCGACAGGCAAGAGGCCAUCAGCGAGGAGAGGCUGAGAGAAAUGUUUGGAUUGUACGGACAGACGACAGGCAAGGGCACCAUUGCUAUGAAGGAGCUGAACACAAGACCACUGGAAGUGUUCAUGUGCAGUGUGUUGAAGAGGCAGGGCUACGGCGAGGGCUUCCGCUGGCUCUCCCAGUAUAUCGACUAAAGCAGCUAAGCCCCGUAACACACCACCACCACCACCACCACCAGGGGGGCGCUAAACCCAACCACUCAAGACGCCCCGCGUUGCCACCAGUACCAUCAUACUCAGCCCCGUGUUUGGUUAAACAAGUCUGCCUCCACCUUCAGAGAAACCAAUACAACUUGAUCCCAAUAGACUUUUAUUGGUCGAACAUUUGGUUCCGCACUUACAGAAUUCAUACCUGUACGUGCGCGCGCACACACACACGCACUCAAUUCCAUCUCUGUCUUUUUCUAAGGGAGUAACAUAGCAUUGGUUUCACAGCAAAGGGUGUUCAAAUUCAAACGGAUGAAUCUUUUCUAUAUUGUGUCUGUCGUUUGCUUUCCUCUCUCCCUCCCUUCCUGCCAUCUGUUGAGUGUGAUGAUAGAUGCAUUAUAACUGUAAAUUCGUACAUGAUUCCAUCGGUAUAUCAACAAUCCCAGCUGCCUCUCUCCCCUCUGCAACUCAAUUUGAGCAUUGAGAGAGAGCAACCUAGUUGCAUUGCAGUAAACCUUUUUUUUUUUUUUUAAAUCAGUAAAGUCAUUCAUUCAACAUUGUAUUUAACCAACACAUUUUGGUUUGUCCUGUUUUUUUUCUUUAAUUUGUUUUACUUUUACAUGAUUUCAGUAAAUAAACAGUGUGGCCACGUAUACAGCCCUCACUAUAAACGUGUGGCUGUUUUCACCCAUUUAUUAAAAUGGACCAGUGCAUUUAUCUUAGGUUACUUUGAAGUAAAUAAGGUUAGUUCCUGACUUCUUUCUUGAGGGCACAGUAGCAUUGACUGAAUCCAAGUAAGCUGUGAUGGGCGCCCCUUUUUUCUUUCUUUUUUACAGAGCAGCAUGGGGUGGUAGUAUAGCAGAUGGGAGAAGAAUUUUAAUAGAAAAAUAAUACGGGCUAUAACCCUGGCGAGGUUUGAGGAAAUCGUGUAGAUAGCACAAUGGACAGUUAGUGCGAAGAAAACUAUUUAAGUAAAUGAAACUUGGGGAUAAAUAGCUUGAUAAUAACAUGCGGUAAGAGAUGAAGGGAGGAAAAGAUGGUUGUAACAUCUAGUAAUCGUCAAUCCUACGGAUAUAUUUUCACGCAGACCUUUGUACAGGGUGACUCUAGUGACCAAGCGUAGAUAACGGAGGGCACAGUCCCGCAGUGGGAACAGAUAGAUAGGCCUCAGACACCUCUAAGAAAGGGACCAUAGAUAUCUAUAUAUGAAAUGUACAUGAACAUCGUACAUGGAUUUUGUAUUUAUAAGCGGUAUCAUUUGAUCUAUGUGCAUUACCUGAAACUAUUAUGCAUGCCUUGUUAUUUUGAUUUUUAAUGACCCUUAUUCCAGAGAGUACAACAGGAGGGUAAAAUAUGCCAAAAUUUACAAUGAGAGCUGAUUGUCAUGUUUUUUUUUUUAACGGAAACAAUGGAAUUGCGUGUAAUACACACUUUUUCUGUCCCUGUCCCUUUGUGUCUUUCAUUCCCUCAUGACUAAGUGAUGAGCUGUUCCGACAAAGGUGGGACUUGCUGUUGUUUGCAUCAUAAAAAAUGUAAUAAAUGUUUUCAAUGAAUAACAGGCUUUAACAUUGAUCCACAAUGCC